ACGAGACAAUUCAGGAGAACACGUCGCAAGGAUACUUGAACCGCACCAAAAGGACUGUCUCCGCUGUUGCAGUUGUGCGAUUGCGGUUGUGUGCAGUAGUGCAUACUGAUGCAGGUACCCAAAUUUUCCAACCGCAUACAAGGCCACGUGAGGAAACGAUUUGUUUUAAUUUGUGUUUCAGCGAGUUGCAUCCGUGUAUAAGCGUCUUGUGCAGCGGCUAAUAAAAAUGCAAUAAUAUUGCCGAAGAGCAAUGCGAAUGAAUAAAUCACUUUUAAAAAUAAAUCAUUUGCAUUGGAGGUGAUUGCAAGUUGAGUGCCAAGCAAUAAAAAUUGAUUGUGCGAAAAAUGUAUGCGGUUGUGCACUGGAAGAAGGAAAACAAAAUGCAAAAAGGUACAUUUUUAUGAUUCGAAAUCCCGUUUGAUUGCAGUGGUGUGCAGUUGUACACAACUCAUGCACGUGAAAAGGUGUAAAAAAUAGAAACAAACACAAGAGAAAGCAUCAUAACGCUAAAAGGCCAUUUCCACUAAAGCACCAACGUGCUUUCCCGGUGCCGAGAGUGCUUUUCCCGGUGAGGCCGAAAUAAAUAUAUCGCGUAAAAAGAGGGCAACGGGAAUCGCGUGCCCGUAGGUUGGAAGUUUUGGCGAACUGCGUACUCCUGUGUGUGUGCUUGUGUAUGUGUCCAUUGUGUUAGUGUGAGUGCGUAUGUGUGUGUGGCUGUGACUGGAACAAGCAAUUUUGGCCGCAAUCGAAUUUCGUAAUCGAAUUAGUGGAAAUGUUUCCCCACGCUACCUGCCUGCUGUGGAGCAUAAACAAUCGGCGCACCGGCGAGCAGAACGAUGAAACCGGCGGCUGGGUGCAUGUGACAGGCGGGACGGAUGCUAUCCACUGUAGCGUACGCGCCUGGCCUCUGCGGCCACCCUGGAGGAACGAUGAGCAGAUCGCGGACGUCGCCACGGUGGAAACGACGGACAGCUCGAGCUACAAACGACUGAUAUCAACCACAUCUAGCAACGCACCGGCAGCUGCGGCUACGACAACGAUCGUGGCGCUAACUACGCCCACCGCAACAACCCCAACCGUAAUGCUACUGCACGGAGACGUCGACGACGACGAGGGAGCGCUGAACGGCCCACGGGCAGCCGCCGCCACGACCACCAACCUGCGAAGAAUCUCCGAUCAAGAUCGACCCCUGUUCGAGGCGCUGAUGGCCGAGGAGCGCGGCGAGCUACCCCGGCGGCGACACGCCUGCACCGGACGCUUCCUCACCAUGCACAAGCGGCGCAGAAAGAAGCUGCUGACGCGCAGUCUCGCCCUCGAUCAAGCCAUCCUGGACGAUGUGCUUCACGGGCAGGUGCAGUGUAUACUCGAUCGCGUGAACCACUGGCGCUUCAACGCAUUCACGCUCGAGACGGUGACUGGCGGGCGCUCACUGCCGGUUCUAUGUGUUCAUCUGUUCCACUGGUACGGGCUGCUGGACCACUUCAACCUAGACGUAGUUAGAGUAUGGAAAUUGUUUAGCUUAAUUGAGGAAGGUUACCACAGCACGAACCCGUACCACAACUCGAUCCACGCGACCGACGUGACGCAGGCGAUGCACUGCUUUCUGCAGGAAAAGCGCAUACUGGAGAAUCUGAGCCCGCUCGAGAUCAUGGCAUCGCUGAUCGGUGCGGUAACGCACGAUCUCGACCAUCCGGGCGUCAAUCAACCGUUCCUGAUAGCGACCUCCAACCAUCUGGCGGCACUGUACGAGAACACCUCCGUGCUGGAGAACCACCAUUGGCGGUCGGCGAUCGGGUGUCUGCUCGAGAGCGGUGUCGCCGAACAGGUGCAGGACAUCCGGCCCGAGCUGGAGAAACAGAUCAGCUCUCUAAUACUGGCGACGGACAUUACGCGGCAGCAGGAGUUUAUCGGCCGGUUCCGCGACUACCUGAGCCGGGAUGCGCUCGACAUGCGCGACACCACCCACCGUCACUUCAUACUGCAGAUAUCGCUCAAGUGUGCCGACAUAUCGAACCCGUGUCGCCCGUGGGACAUCAGCAAGAAGUGGAGCAUGAAGGUGUGCGAAGAGUUCUUCCGGCAGGGCGACUACGAGCGGCAGCUCAAUCUGCCGGUUACGUCACUGUGCGAUCGGCAGUCGACGACGGUGCCGAAGAUACAGACCGGGUUCUUUAAGUUCGUCGUCACGCCACUGAUGGACGAGUGGCAUCGGUUUCUGCGCACCGAUCUGUCCCAUUCGAUGAUGCACCAUCUGAAGUACAAUCAGACGCAGUGGGAGAGUAAGCUGCAGGCGGAGAUUAACGAGGAGACGCGCACGGAAAUUUCGGAUGCGGAGCUACUGGACGAGGAGGACAUUGAGGGCGGCGACGAGGAUGGUGAGGUGUGCGGCGAGGAUGAGGCUGAUGAGUCGCAUCACCUGGCCGAUCUGUCCGACAGCUCGGAGGUGCUGCUACCGUUUGCGAUGGCAAAGCUUGGGCGAAGAAGUUCCCUCCAGGUAGCGUCCGCAAACCACGGUUUCGCCGGCAGGGUACGCAACGAGCGACGGCUCUCCGUGCCGGCUACGCACUGCAUCCCGAAGAUCAUCCUGCCGGCGAAGGAGUCAUCGAGCGGGGGACGAUCUUGCGGAGGUUCCGGUGGCGGUGGUGAGUUCACCCUGCAGCCACCGGAAUCGAUCCAGGAGAGUGACGAGCAUCGGUUCGACGCUGACUCGCUGUCCAUCUUCUCCUCCGACAGCGACAGCUUACACCGGGGAGCUCGCGGUUCGUCCACCGGCAGUACCGCGGAUCGUGAGCGACCGCUCAGUGCGGAGAAUCUGCUGCCCGACUGCAGUAUCGCCUCCAUGACGGACGGUGCGUGCGGUGAUCGGCUCAAUCUCGUACUGCACGGUGCAGUGAGCGUGGGCAACACGGCCAACCUGCUCACCGUGGGCACCUCGAAACAUCUGAUCCGCCAGCAAACGUUCCCACCGCUGCAGCCCUACGUCCGGACGCGCUACAUGUCCUCACAGGCCGAACUCGGCGCCUGCCCGGAAGCGUUGCUCGAAUCGUCCAGCUCGAACAGCAGCGGCUCAACGCACGCACCGGCAGGCUCGGCCGCACUAUCAAACGUCGAAUCUCGCGGUCGUGUGCUCGCGACCAGAAAGGAUAGCAUCAAGCGGGAGCAACAAUCGGACGGUGCCGGCUCGUCCCAGGCGGAUGGUGCCGGCAAGAUCAAGGUACCGAAGUUGUCGCUCGGCCAGAAGGAGAACCUUGACCCAUCGAUGCUGAAGCGAAGCCUUAGCAGGCGGCGUGGAUCUGCCCCGGUGACUGUGGCGCUACCCACAAAAGCGGGCGCAACUUCGGACGCAUCCGGAACCGGUGUUGGGACAGGUGUUGGAAUUGUUGGCGAAAUCGGCAAAUCGUUCAUCAUAAAAACUUGCGAUCUAAUGCGCCGAGGCUCGAUGCCCGUCGACGCUCUAAUGCACUCUAAAGAUCUUCCAUCAUCCCAAAGCACGGCUGGCGGUAGUGUGAAUGCCAGCGGUGUUCCUUCCAACACCGCUCAGCUUCCCAACAGUCUCGUCGCACCACCGUACGCCAGUAUGCAGCGACGUGGUUCUGUGCCCUGUGAAAGUACCAACAAUGUGGCCCUCCGGAGCAGCUUUAGUAUCAAGCGACGCAGCACGAAAAAGGCGAUCCGGCGGCGAUCGUCCGGUGGUGCCGAAAUUCUCAGCCCCAUCCUGUCCGAGGAUGCGGCAGGCGGCAGCAACGGUGCUGGAUCUUCCUCCUCGAAUGCGUGGUACCGGAUCAAGCGGGAUUCGGGCCACCGGCGAAACGGCGACAACGAGAGUCUUCUGUCCCGGCGGCGAGGUUCCCUACCGGUCGAGGUCCUCGCGAUCGGUUACUCCGGUACUCUUCGUCACUAAAGAUAACAAAAAAUCGGAAAACAUGCGGUUUAGUUUGCUACAUGCAUACAUUUACUGUCGUUCGCCAUUCCAUCAUUCCAUCCGUUUACCGUCGAAUGUCGCCAAUCAACGGAGAACGAUAGAGAGAAAGAGAGAGUAAGAGAGAAAGCAAAUCGGCCGUUGUUUUGGGCCGCGCCGCAAAACACGAAAUGGUGGAAACAAAAUAUCAUUUUCCGAUCAGGUGGAAAAACAAACCCCCCCCCCCCUUAGCUCGAUUAAAUGAAGAAGAAACCCCCUGUUGGCUCAUUCCUACCACCGAUGCUUCCCGCCUAUAUCGAAUAGUGUGCGUGUGUGUGUGUGUGUAUGUGUCUGUAAACGGAACUGAACAGCUACCCCUAGCCUAGUAGUAGGGGAAGGCAAAGAAAAAAUGAUAAAGAUUAUACACAUAAGAAGCAAGAACUGAUCAAGUUGAAACAGCGAACAAAAUUAAACAAAAACCGCUAGCCGGUUGUAUGAAAUGUGUGUAUGUGUAUGUACUGUUAGAAAACAGUUGCAAGACAAACAAACAAAAGAUAUAAAAUGCGAACAAAAAAACCUAUCCUUUCCAUUCACUCGCUAGUGGAAACCUCCAAAAAGGAAGGAAAGAAGUAGAACGAGAAAAAGAAAAUCAAAAAACAUCGUAAAAAGCACACAUACACACACACACACAUACACAAAACAGUGAUCGGAAACAUGAAUGUGUCGGUAAACAUAUUUAAUUGACUAUACAAAACAAAAAAAAAACAAGAAACAAAAACAAACAAACAAUCGUUGCUAAGUGUGCAUUGGUGUUGUAGAAUGUAGCAAAUAGCGAGAAGAAAAGAAUAGGCAAGAAUACAAAAGAAAGAAGAAAAAAAAAACAAACAAAAGCAAACAAAAAACAACCCCCGAUUAACGAUAGGCAAAAAAGUAUGAAUAUUCUACCCCCUCUCCUCCUCCUCCCCCCCCCCCUUGACUACCCAAAAUUUAGUUAGAAAACGGUGCUUAAAAAUGAUGCAAAACAAAUAUGAUCGUGUGUGCGUGUGUGAGGGUGAGAAAGAGCGUAAAAACCAAAUGGAACAAGAAAAUGAAUGGGGAUGGAAAUUAAAUGAUGAUCCGGUUUAUAUCUCACAUAAACCAACCCUACACACCAGCGAAGGAACAAAUCCUACCACUACUGGAGAGCUUAUGUACACGUAGACACACACACAUCCUUAGGUACAAACCACCUUCACACACGAUCGUUUAUCUCAAAACGCCAAAGGGUUUUUUCAGCGCACCCAGCCAUUAGAACAAUUGGUCAUCUCAAAAACAUAACGCAUAACACACUCCAUUCACACUUCUUCAUGCGAAACCAAAAGCGAGAAUGCGCGAAAGGAAAAUGGUGUACGAUCGCCUAUUUUUCUUGAACGGAUUUUCUGUCACUCUCACGAUCGCGCGCCAUUUUGUAACGAGCGUACCCUCAUUCUCUAGUAUAGCGAAUGGUCCCAUCAUCGUACAAAGCAUAUUCGUCCCUUUCCUGUUGUAAAAAUGAUAAGGAGCUGGUAUUCCUCGAAUGUAACGGAGUGUCGUGUGUCGGUACAUUUUUUUUAUUUAUAACACUGCGACCUUCCUCUCGAUCCCAAUAUUGUCGUUGCAACUCAGAAGCGUGCAAGAAAAUAUUUUCUCCUUCGCACAGUGAAGGUGCACUGUACCAGGUGGAAAACAUGAAGAAACCAUCCAAGGAAUAGCGUUUGGUUGUCGCCGGAAAGAGCUAGCCAUGGGAAUGGGAGAGAAACAUAAUAACAUAAAGUAAAACUUGAAAGCUGGCUGGUUCCAGCCCAAGAAGAGUGGCAGGUGGUAGCAUUAGUAGGGAAGAUCUUCCAACAAAACAUUUGCAACACGGACGGCUAAAUCGACAUGAACAAUAUAAUGUGUAUGUGUAGGACAGUUAAUACUUAGCACAACAUAAAAGAAACAGACACACAUAAAAAAAGAAACAAGAUCAUAAAAUGUAAAAGCAGAAACUCUUCAACCAAAAACCACAAUACACUUAACACGCGGACCGGAAAAUACAACUUCCAUCAGCUUAAGUGUAACUUGUUUGGGGACAAAGCAAAAUGGAGAAACAAAUUACAGCAACACAAGAAUUUAUAGACAAACGGCAAAAAGAGGAACAUAAAACAGAAACAAACAAAUGCAACUGUUUCAGCAAAAAGCGAAGCGAACAAAGUCACACUAGCAAAAGGUGUUAUUUAUUUUAUGCUAACUCGAUAAGAUGAGACAAUGAGUUAAACAAUGGUUAUUUUGUAUUUUUUCUUUCUUUCUCACUUUCUCACUCUUCAUUCAAUUAUUUGCUUGUUAAAAUAUCGUUUCAAGUGAAUAUCACAUCUUCUCUAAAGCAAAUCGACUUUCCUUUCCCUUUUUUUCAUGGUGAAAUGUUUCGAGGUUUAGAGAAUGAAUUCAUGGCGGUUGAAUCACUACACUAUUACUACUACUACUACUAGUACUACUACUAGUAUUACUAUAUCAAUAGAAUCAAUAUAAAAUAUCGCAUACAUGGCUGCAUUGCAGUGUGUUCGGUGAUGUGUACGAGCGGUGGAAAAGCGUCGUUAGGAAAGGAGAUAAUAGCAAACAAACAAAAAGCAUCAAAACCUUCCGUAGCAAGUAUAUGUGGAACAAUAGACAGCAGCAACAGCAAGGGAAAACAUAGAAAUAAACCAAACAAACAAACAAACAAACUAUACCCAUACAUACGCUGCAAAGCUAGGUAAUAAACCGUGUAAUAAUAGUAAGCGCGUUUUGUACUGUAAAACGUAUUGCCACCAAUCACCACCACCAACAUUUGUCCAGGUCGCUGUCUUUUAGAUGUAUUUUUCGACUCUUCUAAUCCCGCGGACCGGUCUGGUAUCGAUUGCCCGGGGUUAAAUGAAACACCCGCACGUGUAGCUCGUCCCCUCUGUCCAUUUCGGUCCAAUUUGUAACGUUGUCUGUUUUAGGGGUGGGCCCUUUUCUAAGCGGCAAAACAGUCUUUCCCUGUAACUGUAACACAUCCAUUCGGAAAAAACCGGUCUAACCGCCUGUGUGUGUGUGUGAUUCAGCUCAGCUCUAGGUAUGUGUGUGUGUGUGAGUUAGGGUUCAGGAUGUUUCCUUAUGCGAACUUAACAGAAAUCUUUAGCUGUAACUGUUGUUGCAAAAGAAAAGCUAACGUCGAGCGAUGACUUUAGUUUGAAAUUUGUAGUUGUUUCGUGCCGAAGGGUUCCGAAUGAAAUCGAAUAACACAGUGAAAUGCAGGCAAUACAUUUCAACUAUACAUAACAAUAGGAAUAAUCUCGAGGAAGCGAGCAGUUUGAUAUAAAAUAGAGAAUAAUAGAAGAGAAUAAAACAUAGAACACGAGAAUAAAACACACAAAACGUUAACAAACGAGUGGUUAACAUUGGAAGAUAUAAACCGUAGGUUUAUAAUAGAUAAAAAAAAUGCACAAUUAAAAACACAAAUACGAUACCAAUUUCAACCGAACAUGCCCGGGAUAAGGCAAAUCGCAAGGAGGAAAUGCCUUGUGCCACUUGUUAUUAUCGCUCAACACAAUUAUCGCGGUGUUGACAAUACGGCAUUGCCGUCAUAAUAGAAAUUAAAUACGAUACCAAUUUUCGAAUAGAUAUCAUUCCUUUGGCCUUUUUAGCGAUCGGUAAAAUUGCCUACAAAUCGGGUUCCGGACUGUUCUGAAAAUUUCGGACCAUGAUCCGGAAGGUAGGUUCGAUUGCAACUGGCCGGAUUUGUCGGAACCGUGGAGAUCUUGCGGAACCGUAGGAUCUAUUCGGCACCAUCGGAACUGACCAUCGGUCAAUUUCAUUGCUCUAGAGUCAAAGCUGACACCACACUAAUCAGGCUGAAACCGUGGAUGCGUUCCAUAGAACCCAUCACUAGGCCCCUCCAAUAAACUACAUACAUACCGAUUAACAAACAUGAAAACAAAAUGUCCCAUUAGGCAUAGGAGCAGUUGUUUAACGUAACAAAAAAGAAAAAGAGAAAAAAAAGCAGACAAACAGGAAAGUAGGAUAAUAGCAAAAAAACAUAAAAAAAACAAAAUCGAAACAAAAUUACCCAAACAAACACCCCAAAAGCACGAAACGACGGCUGGACAUAGUUGAUGAA